AUGAUGGCAAGCCACUUCAGGAAGCAAGUCAUUGUUGCUGGAUCACUUAUAGUAUCUGUAAUCAUAUUGUGCAGAGCCAACAAGAUGGAUCCACAUGUGUAUCCUAAAAUAGGUCCAUUCUUUGAAGGAUGGUAUCUGCGCAUAAUUGACUCUCAUCAGAACUUAUCUCUUGGUUUUAUGUUUGGUCGUGUACUGCCAUCCACUUCCCUUUAUGCUGAUGUUGAAAGCCUAUGUCAAACUUCUGCCUUGAAUGAAGAUUGCAGAAGAAAGAUUGCAGAGAAGCAGCUUCAUAUGAAUUUGUCUAGUUACAGAAACAUAACAAGUCCUUCCAAUCUUGUGUUCAUAGGCUUACUGUUGAAUUUGAAGUCUGACAAACGAUUAGAAAACCCUGAGGGUUUUUUCAGCCCCAGUCAGUACAACAUCAGCAUAAAUGGACGACCAGCUACAAAAAACCCAGAUGAUGAGUCACCACCAAAUUUUGAGGUUACAGUUGCAUCAAACUUGUCGUUAAUUGUGAACAAGACAGGGACCAGGUUUUCUGUCAAGUUAGGGCCACAUGUGUUGAUGGGAGAAACAGCUCAGCCAGUUCCAUGGGGCCCACAUGGUGAAGGUCCAGAAAGUUGGUUGUAUAAGCUGCCAUUGCCAUUUCAUUGGUUUGUGUAUAGCUUGAGGUCUACAGUUACAUCAUUCAAAUACAUGAAUAGAGAAACUGGUCAAACAGUCACUGGUGGCACACACCAAGAUCAGAUUCCUGUUGUUGCUCAUUGGGAAAAGAACUGGGGUAAUAGUUUCCCGAAGGCCUGGGUUUGGGCUGAAGGGGUCAACCCUAGAAGUGGAGUUUCAUAUGCCUUCUCUGCUGGACUUGUGUCAGAAAUGGGCUUUGAUAUCAGAGCACAACUGUCUUGCUGA